AUGAAGAAGCCGAUGGCUAAGUAUUAUUCUUCGAGCAAUGUUCUGACCUUGGAGUCCAAGAUGAACCAGGUAAUCGAGGAGCUCUGCAAACAAAUCGACGACCGAUUCCUAAAGGACACUAAGAGCUUCGAUCUGGCCGAGUGGUUCAGCUUAUAUACCUGGGAUAUAAUCGGCUUCUUGACUUUCAGCCAGUCCUUCGGAUAUAUGAUCAAGGGCCACGACUUUGAUGGGACCAUCAUGGCAUCUGCAUUAUCAGUGGAAUACUUCGCCCAGAUCGGCCAAGUUCCCUUCAUGGACAGGCUUCUCAACAAGAAUCCCAUCGUGCGUAUUGGACCGCCGGAUAUGAGUCAUGUCACUCAUUUCGCAAUCACGCAACUUCAGUGCCGGCUCAAGCAGCGGGAUCAAGACAAACAUUUAGGAGAGCCUGACUUCUUGGACCACUUCAUCGAUGGCAUGAAGAGCAACCCAGAUUCGGUUGAUGCAAAGCUCGUGCUGAAUUUCCUGCUAGGCAACAUCUUGGCUGGAGCUGACACGACUUCUAUUGCACUACGUGCUAUCUUUGACUUCUUGUUGCAAAACCCACAUGCCAUGGCCAAGCUGAAAGCCGAAAUUCUGGCAGAGGGCUUUGAUGAUGAUGCGGUUGUGCCAUACAGUACAGCUCGAUCCCUGCCUUACCUUGACGCGGUCGUCCGAGAGUCGUUGAGGAUGCAUCCCUCUGUUGCCAUGCCCCUCGAGCGCUACGUCCCAGAUACAGGGUUGACUCUUCCUGAUGGUAGUUUUGUGCCUCCAGGGGUUUCUGUGGGUUUGAGCCCAUAUAUCAUUGGCCGCAACGAAAGAGUCUGGGGUGAAGACGCGAAUGAAUUCCGUCCUGAGCGAUGGCUUAAGACAGAAGACGAAAAUGAUGAGGACUACCAACGACGUUUACGAAAGAUGAAUUCAGCUGAUCUGACUUUUGGUGGGGGAUCUCGGAUUUGUAUUGGGAGACACAUCGCGCUCAUUCAGAUCUACAAAGUUGUAGCAACAUUGGUGUCACGGUAUGAGAUCCAACUCGCGGACCCAAACGUCAGAAUGAAGAUCAUCUCAGGCUGGUUUCCGCGUCAAACAGGAUUAUUUGUCAAAAUGCACAAACGAUAG